CAUGUCUCUCUCUCUCUUCUAUAUAUCUCUCUCUCCAUUGGUGACAAACAAGUGCUCUGCCUAAAUCUCUCUGCAAUGGCUUCAAGUACAACAGAAAUAGUCCACGAGUUUCAGCCCUUCAUCCGAGUCUACAAAGACGGUCGAAUUGAAAGAUUGUUGGGUAACGACGUGGUUCCUGCAUCAGUGGAUCCCGACACCGGUGUUCAAUCUAAAGACGUCGAAAUUGCACCGGAGAUAGGUGUAGCCGCCAGGCUUUUCUUGCCCAGAAACGCCAACCCACACCACAAACUUCCUCUCCUAGUCUACUUUCACGGCGGAGGCUUUCUCGUCGAAAGCGCCUUCUCUCCAACGUACCAUAACCAUCUUAACGCACUUGCCGCAGAAGCAAACGUUGUUGUAGUUUCUGUGAAUUACAGGCUUGCCCCAGAGCACCCUCUCCCUGCAGCUUACGAAGAUUCAUGGGUCGCGAUCCAAUGGGUUGCUUCCCAUUUCAAAGGAGAUGGCCAGGAGCCAUGGCUGAAGGACUAUGUUGACCCCCAACAUGUAUUCUUCGGAGGAGAUAGUGCAGGUGGUAACAUAGCACACAACAUGGGCAUGCGGGUCGGGUCAGAAAAACCGGAAGGUAUCAAUCUUGUCGGGUUGGUUUUAAACCAUCCAUUCUUCUGGGGUGAAGAACCAAUUGGCAAUGAAGCUGCUGAAUCCAAUUUCCCCAAUAAAGCCUUCGUUGAUAACUUGUGGCGGUUAGUGAACCCGUUGACGGUUGGUUCGGAUGACCCGUUUCUGAACCCGGCUCUCAAUCCGGAGCUUUCAAGCCUAGUGUGUACGAGGGUUCUGGUUUGUGUUGCUGAGAAAGAUAUAUUGAAAGAUAGGGGUUGGUAUUACAAGGAGCUAUUGGACAAAAGAGGGUGGAAAGGAAAGGUAGAGGUUAUGGAGGCCAAGGGGGAGGACCAUGUCUUUCAUUUGUUUAAUCCCACUUGUGAAAAUGCUUUGGCUUUGCUCAAAAGAGUUGCUUCUUUUUUGAAUCAGGACAAAGCCUAGUGGUUAUCUUCUUGUAAGUCUUUUCUUUUCAUAUCCCAAGUAAACCUUCAAUAAUGGGAAUCCACUUACUAGUAUGGAUUCAUAUAAAUUGAACUCGAAAGACGUGUAAACACCUACAAACUAUAGUUAUCGAGUUUCUUGUUGAAAUACUUUUUUCUCUAAUUUAUUAUGAUAUUUUAUCU